GUGCAAAAGUUACGUUGAUUUUUCUACACUUUCAAUUGUUGACAUAAAUAUAGUUUUCUCAUUAAUUACAAGUGAAUAAUUUGCCAUAAAUUACGAAUAUUCUACCAUUUCUAAUUCACAAAAAUUACACCAUUUGAAGAAGCGAAAUAAGGGUUAUUAAUCUUAAAAAGAAAUAAUAUUUCGGUAGUUAAUUUUGUCCUUCAUCAGGUAUGAUCACGUUGAUUUUUUUUUCCAAAUAUUACAUCCGGAAAAAUAUGAAAAGGAGUUUAUUCAUUGAUCUAGGAAAAUCUAUCUAAUUACAAAUAAAAAAUGAAAAGUAAUAAUGGAAAAAUAAUAGGUAUAGGUAGGUAUAUAAAAUAGCGACACAUUUUUUCGCAAUCUUCACUGAAUUUUUCUAUUUAAUUUCAGUCAAAAAUAGAGAGUUUCUUUAGCGAUUUCUUAAGCUUUUCCCAUUCUCUACAAGACAAAAUGGAUUAAAAGUUUUUUUUGUGAAUGAGGAAGUUUUUCAUAGACCGAUGAAUAAACUCCUUUUAUAUCUAACUUUAAUUUAAUAAACUUUAAAUGACGAUUUUCUCAAAAUGUGUAUGUAGUUAAUUGUUUUCAAAUUAACAAAUUCUAGUUGAUUCCAUUCAAAAUAAUUCAUAAUUUAAUUAAUUUAAUUAUUUAUCAAAAAGUUUGUGCAAUAAAUGAGCAUCUGAUACGCCCCACCCUUUGCUUUAGGCUUCAUAAAGGUGAUUCAAAUUUGAAAAUAAUCUGUGUGUGGCGGUGUAAUGCAGAAUGUCUCUGGGCAAGACGCACACGUCUCACAGGGCGGAAGACUUAAUUAUAAUAAUUUUUGGCGAAAAAUUGCUUCUUGUACAAAUGAUAAAUAAUAAAAUUUUGGCGGGUCUCUUCGUUGCGGUUGUAUAAGUAGAAGAAGAAGAAGCAUUGGGGAACGGUGCAUGGAGACGAAUCGUCAAGAAGCUUUACCUGUUUUUCCAAUGUGAGAGACACAAGAGAAUAUUUACUGGCGAUUAAGGUAACGGUAUGCACCUGUCAUUAUUGCCUUUUACCGACUUAUUUAUGUGUUACUUUUAAUAAAUUUUCUUCUCUUGAAUUUCUUCCUCCUGCGGGAUACACAACAAACCCCCCGAAAAAAACGAGAAAAACACCUCAAAACGACUUCUUUUUUUUCUUGCAAAUUCCUCACGCAAUUAUCUACUUUCUUCCUUUCUUGGGGCCAUUUUUUUGGCGGGAAAUUUGUUUUGAGGGGACUUCUUUUAUGCUGCAUGGUUUUGUUCACAUACGCAUUUUGGGGUUUAUGUUUAUGCAAGAUCACGAAGAAAGGAAGAGAGAAAAAAAGACGCGCAUAAUUCUAUAUAGUUGCAGUGUCCAUCCCUCCUAAGUGCUUUCUAUUGUAAUGCACUAAAAGUCUCUAUGCGAUGGCGGGAGAAAAGACAAAAUAAAGAGGUGAUGCCGGGUGGUUAAAAAGCACAUUAUUGAUGCAAUGUAAACAAACAAUUACAGCAAAUUGUGCUGCGAAGACUACGGUUAAAGAUGGUUAAUGGUGGAGGAAGAAAGACCGCGCGUACGCGGGUAUAUGUAUAUUUUCCUUUACAGUAAAAGAAGUGAGAGAAAGAAAGAAAGUACAUGGCAUAGCGUAGAAAAAUAACAUAAGUUUACCAUAAAAAUUAACAGUUAACCGUGUUCUUCUCAUACACAUUAAUGCUCUCUCUUGCUAUGCUAAAAUUUAAUGGAGGCAGUGAGGGAGAGAGAGAGAGAGAAGAAUAAAGAUCGAAGCAUAAUGCGAUAAAUGCGCGGAGAAAGAGCGGGAGGAGUUUGGUGAAAAGUUGCACCAUAGCAUAUAAGAAUCAAUGAGACAUUCUUGUUUGGAAGUUUGAGAACCCGGAUCUUGUGGAAUUCUCAAUUAAAUGCCAUCUCAUUGCAAUAAGGAGUUUUUUCUCCGUGUACCACAGAGAGUUUUGUGCAUGAAAGUCACCCACCAAAGACAACAAGGAGGGGUUUGUGCCAAAGUCGAGGAGACGCGAUCAAAAAAGAAGAAUUUCUCUGAUUGCGGAUUCUUUCCGCGCAAGAACUUAAGCAUUUCGCGCGCGCACGAUGAGACCAUCACGCAAAGUAGGACAAGUGUUACGGUACUUUGCCAUAUGAUUCAAAUAUUUAAAGAAUAAGAAAAAACCCACGAGAUAGAGGAGAAGAACACUGUAAAGUGCGUAUACAAAUUAACGUGUGAUUCUCCAUCUCCCAAUCUCGCGCAUUCUUCUCUUUAUAUUCUUCUAAUGCAAAAAAAAAGAAAGAAAGCCCACCGCGGAAUCUUCCACUCCUCAAGAAAUCAACGUCUCAUUCUCUGCAUAAAUCAAAUAUGGAGACAAUCACAAUAUUUAACUAUAAAUAUGAAUUUAUAAAUUUCAAGAAGAUAACGGAUUAUUCCAUUGAGAGGUUUGCCAAAAUGAUUUACAGCGCUUUUCCGCCACAUUAACAAAUUGCCCAAAAAUUUAUACUUGCACUGUACAUAUCUACGUACAUAGCUAAAGGCACUCUGUGCAAUAAAGCAGGUAUAUCUCAGUCAUUAAUCUUUCUCUCAUUUCCUUCUCUAAUGAUUCGACAUUUGGGAAUAAAAAAAAUAUUUUGAACAAAAAAAAAGAACCUUUAAGAACUCUCUGGGAAAAAAUUGAGAAGAAUCUCAAAAGUCUCAACUUCCCAAGAAAUUCUUUUAUCAUUUCUCUGCACUUUUUUACAUGUGUCAGCAAUAAUAUUUAAGAUUAUAAAUUGUAUGUAUAUGGUGAUUUAAAAUCAGGCUACAUUAGCGCGUAGAGAUAAAUGUGGGUAGUUAAUUAAUUUAUAUUUGAAAAGAGAGAGAGAUAAAAUACAUAAAAUUCCUUAUGCUAAAAUGUUAAUGGAUUCAGAGUCAACAGCUCUAGAUUAAAAGAAGUUCUUUUAAUUUAUUUCAUGUGAACUUUCAUGGAAGCUUUUGUAAAGUCCGGAAAAUCCCUGAAAUAAAAAUUCUUUAAUUCUCUGGAUCAUUAAUUAUUUAAAUUUUGAAUGAAAAACUAUCAAAUCUGACAAGUAUAUUUUUUUUACAAUUGAGAAAUUUAUUGUAAAAAAAAGCUUAAAAUUUCCUUAAAGCUUUAUAAUUUUUUUAAGAAAAAAAUCAUUCAAAAAUUCCAUUUUACAAUUUAAUUCCAAUAAUUUAAUAAAAUUAUCUUUAUCUUUAUCCAUUGAAAUUUUCUCUCAGAACAUGCGCAUUCUGAUGAGAACCUUCCCCUUUUUAUGUUUUCACUUUCUUCUCAGAUUUUAAUUUGAUUUAAAUUUUUUUUUCAAUAGUAUUUCUAUUUCGAUUAAUUAUUAUUUUAAAUCAAGUUUUAAAAAAAAUAUAUAUAUUUAAGUUUUUCUUUGAAAAAGGACUCAUCAAAAGCUUAUCGGGAGGUUGAACAUUUCCUCCUUCCUUAGCUGAGGAUUUCUAAAAUUUAAAUGCGUGUUAAAAGAGGAAAAUCCGUAAAAUUCAAUAUAUAUAGAGCUUUCCUUGUCAGCUUUUCCAUCACACAAAUGGUUUGUUGUUAUUUUUCACGGGGUUGAAGAGGGAAAACCAUUCACCCACUUUUCCCCUUUUCCCACUCUGCGUACAAAUGAGACGACAACAUAUGAAUUGAAACAGGAUAGAUAUGCGAGAGCUUUCCCAAAAGCUCCAGAGUGGGAAAAAAAGACAGGAGAGCGACGUCAUAGAAUUGCAUCCAACAAUGGAAUCGACCCACAUUCGGCAUCAACUUCCGCCUGUGUUCCUUUUUCAUUCACAAAAGUGGAAAUAAUUUAGGGGCAUUAACAAUUUGUCAAUCAGUGGAUAAGUAGAGAACAUUUUGGUGUUGCUAUUGAGUCAUAAAGUGCUAAAAAUCACGCGACAUUGACAUCAAUUUCGCCUUUUUGGAACAUUUCUGGGGGGCGGCUCGAGUGGAAUUCCUCUGGAGAAGAUCUUUCUGUGACUUUUUGCGUGUGUUUGUGUUGUUUUUUGUGUGUUUUUGUGUAAAUCUACGACGAAAUUUGCGUGUUUCCCCGUGAAAAAUUCCUCUUCAAAUUGACUUUUUCUCUAAACAAUUUUCCAGCCUCUCUUUGAGCGCUAAUGAUUUCAAGUAAAAUAAAAAAGUGCUAUUGUAUCCUCCUUCUUUGUGAAUAUAGAGAAGAAAAAGAAUGUGUGUAUUAUAAAAAAUCUCUUUAUCAAAUUCACUAAAAUUCCUUGAAAAUUCCUUCACUCGAUGAAAUAUUAAAUAAAAAAAAGAUUCGUGAAAUUUCCGGGAACCAAUUCUUCAGCAAUAAAAAAUCAUUACCUCCUAAAAGAUUGUCUAACGUAUAGGAGGAAAAAUAUAAAGUAAAUGAGAGAUUCCAUCAUUUAAUCGACUGAAUAAAUUCAAGUCUGAUUUUCAUAAAUGUCGUGAAAUAAUAUUUAAAAAGAAAACCCAAAAAGGCGAACGAAGAAAUUCAGAGGAAACUCGAAAAAGACAUUGAAUAAUUUUCUUUUGGGGGUGGUGAGAGUAUUCGGUUGAAACGGGAGGUGUAGUGAUAAGGAUAACGCACACAGGGACAUAAAGUGUUUUGGGGGAAAUUUUCCCCGCAUUUGUGAAAAUUCAUCGAGGUUGAAGUCUGAGCUUUGGAAAAUUCCCCACAAAAUUGUCCGCAGCACAAGGCGGAAAAGCCAGCGCACACCCCCUGUGUUCGAUGCAGGGUGAGAAAAUCCCCCAACGAGGGUGGUGAAAAGCACAUUCGAUGAGGAAAAACACCCAAAUCCGCCAUAUUUGGUAGAUUUUCCUCCCUUUCGUGUGUAUUGUGUUUAUUGAUUACGAAAUAACAGAGUGAGAGUGAGAGGACGAGAUUCGGAGAAGUUGCAAUUUUUACUGACACUCGGUGAGAUAAAAAAAAGAGUUUAUACUUUGCAAGUGGAAGGAGUAAGAAAAAGGAUUUCAAUGUGUGUGGAAGAUUAAGAAGUUAACCGCGGAGGUUUCUUGACGAACUUCCUGUGAAAGCACCCACAGAGUGUUGCAGAAAACGGAAACUUUGGAGCUUUAUCCCCCCUCAGAAAAAAAAUAGAAGAACCCGAAAUAGUCCACAUAAAAAAGGAAUCCUGCGGAAGUAUUCCUGUGUGUGCUGAGGAAUUUUCGUGUACAGAGGGUUUGCCGAAAAAGCUUCCACAUCGAUAAAUUUCAUGAAAAGCUCUCCACAAAUUCUAAAAAGUGUUUUAAGUAAAAAAAGAAAAAGAAAAUUCAUAAUCUUUGCACUUUAUUAAAAAAGAAAUCCGUGUGUUCAAUGCAAUUACCAACGAGAGCAAUGAAGGGUGUGUGAAAGCGUGAAGCUUACGAAGGUCGCUUUUGAGGGAAAUUUUCGCUGAAUUGGAAAUUCUUUUGCAAUCAAGAGUAAAUAAAUCUCAAUUGCAUAGCCAUACAACGAGGGGUUGCUUAUAUAUAAUCACAAUACAUAGUAGAAAUCCUAUAUAGGAUAGAAAAACUGUGUGAGGAGAGAAAAAUCUCCCGUGGGGUGAAAAGAAGUUUAUUGGAUGCACUGUGUCGUGGAGGUGGAUAAAAAGCGACGUAGUUGUGGGUGGCAAGAUGUAGUUGGUAUCAACUCCCGGUUGGAGUUAAGAACCCAUCCCCAUUAAAGAGUGGCAAACCCUUUUGGAAAACACACCCCUCUCUAAUGCUCUUGUGUGCGCGAAAAGAGAAAAGCUCACGAGUUGAAGAUAGACUCUGGUGAUAUUGUUGAAAAGAACGAGAGUGUUGUGUGAAGAUUUUGAGGUAGUAGCAGCAAACUAAGGAGAGAGGGAGGUUUUACUGAAUAAAUUGUGUGUGUGUGCGGUGGAGUUUUGUUUUGGGGGGUGAGCACCAAAACACCCAUCCCAUCGACGGGAAGGCCCAUAAGCACAGCAACGACGCAAAUCUCGAAAGAGCAAAUUCAGCAUCUACAUCCCCCCGCGGAAGUUUGUGUUGCAGUUGCGGAAACUCAUUCAAAGUGGCGGCAUCAAACGAAUUAUCCCCAUCUCUCCCUACUUCUUCACCACCCACCACCCCACAGAGUGUUACACUAACACCGCUGGAGACUUCACCCACUAUCCUCAUUGUGGGUGAGACAGCACCCACCUCCACUGCUGUCUCAUCAUCCACCACCACGGACACCUCCUCAUCUACCACUUUGUCCACAGCAGCCACUUCAUCCUCAGCCACCCCCCAAAAGUCCGCCACCACCGCCUCAGCUUCCACAUCAACGGCACUCGUUGUCACGACAAUCGCCCAGCAUCAACCGCAGCUCACCAAAACUCCCAGCUCCUCCACCGGAACGACAAAUCCAAUCGCCAGGGACAUCUCGUCGACGGGUGGCGUCAUGACAGCUCAAAUUGAGAUAAUCCCAUGCAAAGUGUGCGGUGACAAAUCAUCUGGAGUGCAUUAUGGUGUGAUCACAUGUGAGGGGUGCAAGGGCUUCUUCAGGCGGUCGCAGAGUUCAGUUGUGAAUUAUCAGUGUCCACGGAAUAAGCAAUGUGUGGUGGAUCGCGUCAAUAGGAAUCGAUGUCAGUAUUGUCGACUGCAAAAGUGCCUAAAAUUGGGAAUGAGUCGUGAUGCUGUAAAAUUUGGACGAAUGUCAAAGAAGCAGAGGGAGAAGGUGGAGGACGAGGUGCGGUUUCAUCGGGCACAGAUGAGAGCCCAAAGUGAUGCAGCACCCGAUAGUUCUGUCUUUGACACCCAAACGCCAUCAAGCAGUGAUCAACUCCAUCAUGGAUACACAUACCUCAAUGAGGUGGGAUAUGCUAGUCCCUAUGGUUACUCUUCAUCUGUGACGCCUCAGCAGACAAUGGGUUACGACAUUUCCGCCGACUAUGUGGACAGUACAACAACAUAUGAGCCCCGAAGUACGAUGAUUGAUCCGGACUUCAUUGGGGGACACACCAGCAGUUCUGGCCCUCAGCAAUCUUCCUCGCCACCAACACCAACGGCGGUGGCUCAGCCGAGUGCCACGGCGGACAAUCAAACAACCACCGGAAAUGGUACAAACAAUUCAAGUACAAUUGUCACCAUAAAGCAAGAAUCACUCCAAAGUGUUGACAAUUUAGUUGGGAAUUUUGUCGAUUCUACGACUUUCUUGCAUUCACCAAAUAGUCAAAUGGUUAACCCAAAUCUCGUUCAAGUUCAAGGAGCGUCUGCAGGCAACAAUAUACGGCGAGGAUCUGAGUGCUGCCAUGGUGAUUCAAAUCCUCCUGGUACGGGUUCCCAGAGCCAUCAGCAUCAGAAUGCCCAAAUAACUCAAAUAACAACAUUUGGCGAGGACGAUAGCUCUUGUGAUUCCCAUACAAGAUGGGCGGAAGGUGACAUCAAUGAGGUGUUAAUUAAAACGCUAGCAGAGGCGCAUGCAAAUACAAAUCUCAAGUUAGAAGUAGUUCAUGAUAUGUUUAGGAAACCGCAGGAUAUGUCUCGGAUAUUGUACUAUAAGAAUUUGGGUCAGGAGGACUUGUGGCUGGAUUGUGCGGAGAAGCUGACGGCAAUGAUACAAAAUAUCAUCGAAUUCGCUAAACUCAUACCUGGCUUUAUGAGGUUAAGUCAAGAUGAUCAGAUUCUCCUGCUGAAAACGGGCUCAUUCGAAUUGGCCAUCGUAAGGAUGUCACGACUGAUGGAUCUCUCGCAAAAUGCUGUUCUAUAUGGUGAUGUUAUGUUGCCACAGGAGGCCUUCUAUACCUCUGAUUCAUUUGAGAUGAAAUUAGUUGCAUUUAUCUUUGAGACUGCAAAAAGUAUUGCGGAACUUAAACUCACAGAAACUGAAUUGGCGCUCUAUCAGAGUCUUGUGUUGCUGUGGCCAGAACGAAAUGGUGUCCGAGGCAAUACGGAGAUUCAAAGACUGUUCAACAUGAGCAUGUCAGCAAUACGACAAGAACUAGAAUCAAAUCAUGCACCACUUAAAGGAGAUGUCACGGUGCUGGACACACUUCUCAAUAAAAUUCCAACAUUCAGAGAACUUUCUCUGAUGCACAUGGAAGCACUGAGUAAAUUCAAACAGGAUCAUCCACAAUAUGUGUUUCCUGCACUGUACAAGGAGCUCUUCUCCAUCGAUUCACCCCAAGAUCUCACAUAACAUAGCGACGACAAUAGUGCCGCCGUGGUUUUCAUCAUACAAGAGGCAGAAAUUGAGUAUAUCUGAAGGAUUUGUGUGAUGUUCACACGGCAGCAAAUGGGUUAAAAAAAAACAUGAAAGCAUUGGGAUAGACAGAGAGUAAGCGCUAGCGCAAGAAAGUAACAUUAUUAACUAUAUUAAAAAAAAAGCAGUUAAAUGAAAAAAAAAUAGUUAAAAGAAAAAAGUGAUAAUUUCAGAAGAAGAAAUGAGAAGAAAAUGUGUGUGAAAUGUCUUUAAUUCAUUUUCUAUCCCUCGAGAUGCGUUUGUAGGAAAAUUUCCGCGAAUUUUCUUACAAAAUAUCCCUUGUUUUAAUGUAUAAUUUAUUUAUUAUUCAUUCUCUAUUUUUCACCCACUUCUUAACGCGCCCCCAACGUGCGAAAUAACUUCUUUCACAUCUCGGUUGAGGAGAGAAUUUCUCUAUAUACAUAUUACGAAGAUAAACUACGUAACUGCCUUCGUUUAUCGAAACCUGUGUGUUCAUUUUUUUUUUGUUUUUUUUUAAGUAAAAAUAUAUUUUUUUUUAUUACCAGUAUAUUUCGAAAUAUAUUUUUUAUUAUUGUAUUUGAUGCAUUUCGUCGUAUUUUUUCGUGUUUAUACUUAAAACCAUUAAUUACUUUUUGCUGGUUUUCCAUUCAAAAAGCUCUAAACUAAAAAUGACUGAGAAAGAAAAAUCUACAACAAAAAGAGGGGAAGAAGAAAAUUUCGUCAAACAAAAAUAAAUAGAGAAGGGGGAUGAAAAUUAGAGAAUAAAAAAAAACACCACAAAAACAUAUAGAAAAUGCAAUUAAAUUAAGAGAAAUGUAAUUUUAUGCACAUAAUGUAUUUUAGUUAUGUUUAUAUCUAAAAGAGAGUUAAAACAGAAAACAAAUAUUAAUUCGAAAAAAAAACAUUUAGUAGAAGAAGAAAGAAUUUUUGUGGCAAAACAUUGGAAAUUUUCAGGUGUAAAAAAUUUACAAAAUUGAUUUGUCUAGGAAUUUUCGUCUUACUGUCAUUAUUUAACAUUGCUAGAGGUUUUUAUUUUUUUUUCAAUAAAACAUUAUUGGUGUACAUGAAUUUUUAAUUAACUAUUUUUAAUAUAGUUCUGUUCUUGUUGUUUUUUUUUUUAUUUUGUAGAAUAUUUUUUUAGUUUUGUUUGCUUCUAACAUUUCUCUCCAGUGUCAUUGCGCAAUUUGCAACCAAAAAAACAUAAAUAAAUAAAUUUUAAAAAUCAUUUUUAUUUUUCAAAAAAUUAUCCAUAAAAAAUUCAGAAAAUAGAAAUAAAUUUUUGAUUAAUUUUUUGGGGGGAUUUUCAAAAUUAUUUCACAACACACAUCCACAGACAAAGAGGGCAAAAUAGCAAUUUCUACUACAAACUUACAUAAUGAGAUACCAAAUAAAUAAAAUGAAGAAAAAAUAUAAAGAAGAUAAAAUUCAGAUCAAUAUUACCUUCAUAUAUUUACAAUUUAAAUGAGAAAAAGUAAUCAAAGACAUAUAGCAGGUCUUGUAUUGAAUUUCAUUUUAAUUUAAAAAGAAAACAUACAAAAACAAAUACUUAACAAAAUCUCCACACUUUGAAAUAAUAAAAUGCAAUCUAAUAUUUAUAUUUAAAGAGAGAGAAAAAGAGAGAAAUAGAUUUACAAAGUAAUUGUUAAAAUGAAAUACUAGAAUUUAUUGAAAAAUAAUGAGACUUUUUACGAAAUAUCACAAAAUUUUGACUGAAGAUUGCAAUUUUGAUUUUUUUACUGCAAAUUUUGAAAGGAUUUUUGACAAAACAAAUACAAAAAAAACAAUCCAUUUCAGUUCAUCUUUGUCUGUUUUUGAUUUUUCAAUUCUUUUUUGUUUGAUUCUUAUUUCCGCAAUAUCUCUAAUAGACUCUUACAGAACCACAAAAUUCUUUUUUGAAUAGAAGAAGGAUUAAAAAAUAAAUAAAAUACGGAGAAGAAAUAGCUAAGGAAGAUAAAAUCUUGUGAUAUGUUAAAAUGAAUACAAAAUGUGGGAGAUGGGCGUAAGGGGGAAAGUGUGUGAAAAUAGUUGUAUAAAAAAUCCUUAUUUGUUGAAAAUAUUUGUUUUCUUUUUUUGUACAAUUUUUCCAAACUACACUGAAAAUAUAUAUAUUUAAAUUCUCUUGCAUCUUCAUAGAGAACCGGAAAGACAUAAAAAAUAUACGAAUAAAAAUAGCAGAAAAAAAACCUAGAAGAAAAAUAGACAAAAGAGAUUUAGUAAGAUGAAAAAUCAAUCUAUACGUACUAAAAAAAGAAAUAAAUAGUAAAAAUUUAAUAAUAAAAAAAAUACAUGAAAAAUAGUUUUUUGUUCCAAAAGUAAAAACUAUUAUUUUGAAAUAUUAAUUUUUCUUGACCAUUUCAGACACAAAAAUCAAUGUUUUGGUAAAAUUUUUCUAAUAUUACAAACAUUUGCUGAAUAAAAAAAGAGGUAUAAAGUUACAUUUUUUCCAAAAGCAACAAAAUUAAUUUUUCUCAAUCAGACAAAACAAAAGGAUAAAAAUUUCAUUUCAUUUACGAGAGAGAGAGAGAAACUUAUAAAUGUAUGGGUGCUUCUAUAAUAAAAAAAAAGAAAUGAAGAAAAAAUACAUGUAUGAAUUAAUUGCCUUAAAUAAAAGAUAAAUGAUGAAAAGAUUUAAUAUAUAUUAAUGACAUAAAAUAUAUACUAAAAAUUAAAAAUCUGAUUAAUUUAAUAUUAAAAAUAAAAAAAAUUAUAUUAGUAAUUAUUAUAUACAAUAGAGAAAAAAACUGAGAAAAAAAUAUGCAAAAAAAAAUGUUAAACAUAAAUGAAACCCUUUAAAAAAUAUAUUUCACAGAAUACAACAAAAUGAGUAUAGAGUGUGCAACAAAAAAAAUAGAGCGAAUGUGUGAAAAGAAGGAAAAGAGUGAAGAUGAGAGUAAUAGAGGAAUAAAAAAAACCUAAAAGAUUGACAUUAGAUACAAUUUUACUUUCUGAGAGUAGUCUUAAGUGCAUAACUUAAAGAAAAAUGAUGAAAAAAAAACAAAAAAUAUUAUUAUAUAUUAAAAUAAUUAUACAACACUUUUACAAAAAAAAACAAUGAGACGAUAUAUUUAGUAAAUAUAUAGUUAAAAAAAAAGAAAUGAAAAUAUUAAAUCAUUUUCAAAUGAAAAAAAAAUCAACUUUUAUCAGACAAAGACAAUUUCCCAUUACUAUCCAUUUAAUAAAAAAAAAGAAAUUCUAUAAAUCUACGAAGAAUAUUAUUGGGAAUGGCUGGGUGGGGGGAUUUCUCCGAUUCUUAAAGGAUUCAGCGUUGGCUUCAUUGAGAACAUUAAUCUCUAUACAGAUUUGCAUUUAAUAAAAAAAAAACAAAAAAAACUCACAGAAAGCCCCAUUUAGAAACAUAUAAAAUUCAUACACGAAAAAACAAUGUUCAAGUAGAAAAAGCGAGCUCUAGAAAACAAUUAUAUAUGCAAGAAAUAAAUUUUAGGAUUUUUUUAAGGAAAAGAACUCUUGUUACUUUUGAGUACUUUUAUAAAUUCAAUUUUGACGAAAUUUUUGCAUAAAAACGAAAAUUUAUUUCUUCAAAAAUUCUUCGGUCAUUUUUUCUCUUUUUUUUCAUCUCAAUAGAUUUUUUUUAAGUAUUUCAGCUAAAGGAUUUUUUGAUAAAAUUAUUCUAUUGACUGACCCUGUAAAUUUUUUUGGAACCCUUUGACGGCUUUUCUUUAAUAUUUUCUUUACAAAAUUUCUCAAUUUUUGUUAUCCUUCAAAAACUUCUUUUGCCGAUAUUUUUAUCCCAUCAUUCCUCAAAGUGUUUACAAAUUUAUUUCAAUCUCAGUGCUUUUACACUAAAGACUAUAGAAAUGAGCGAUUUAUGCACAAAGAAUCUUCUCAGAAAUUAAACGAAAGAAUAAUAAUUUUCAAAAACAAAAGAAAGUUUAAUUUUUUUGCAAAAUUGUUCUUCUUUUCCUUCUUAUUCAAAAAUAAAAGAAAAAAGUGAAAUGAGUGUGUACACAGAUUUAGGAUUUAUUUCUUAAUUUUAAUUUGUUCAUAGAACAUUAGAGUGAACAUAGAAAAUUACAACAGAAAGAAAAAAAUACAAAAAGUCGAAAUUAAUCAUUUUUAAUUCUGAGAUGCGAAAGGAAUAGCGUAUUAGGGCAUAAGUGAUAAUGCAAAAAAUGAGUAAAGAGAAAAAAAUAUUCUUAAUUUAUAAUUAUUCUAAUCUAAAUGGAUGACAGUGAAGAAUUUAAAUUAAUUCUUGUAUAGGGUCUUUAUUCGGGUGAAAGGGUACCACAGUUUAAUAGUGUUGGACCACGCGCUCUCUACAAAUUAUAUACUGAGCGGUGUGUCCUUCCAACAAAAUUUCAUAAUAUUCCCACAACUUUUUUUUUCUUUUAGUUAACUUUUUUGUUAUAUAUUAUAUUUUAGAAUGAAAAACAAAUUUGAUAUAAAACAAAAAUUCGAUGGAAUCACUGUGAAAUUUUUAAAAGAGUUAGUGAUGGAUCCACUAGGAGUUGUAAUAGUGUUUAAAAAUGAAAAGAAAAUGAGCAUUAAACGUCUCUUUUUUAUGGUAGUACUGUACAUAUUUUUUGUGUACAUAAAACACUAAAUAAUGUGAAAAAUUUCGACUCUAAACAAAAAAAUAUUUCUUAGAGAAUUUUAAUUUGUUCCAAUAAGAAUUCUGUUGAAAGGAUAAAUAUAUUGAUUUAUAAAACAAAGAAAAAAAAAGCUAAAUCACAUUUUAUUAAAUGCAAAGCAUCCCCGUAAAUUGUAAUAAAAAAAGAGGGAAUUUUCUAGAGAAGAGAAAUAAUUGAAAAGUUUUUAAUUAUUAAACUUUUAAAAGAAUGAAAAAUGUAAAGAUUUAACUUUGUUGUUUCCUUAUCUGAAGUAUAGAAAAAAAAACUACAAACACAAAUCACAAAAUAAAUCCUUCGCAGUAUAUAGGAAUUUCUCAUAAGAUAGUGAGGAGGAGAAGAGAGAGAGAAAGGAGAAAAACACGAAGAAAAGGUUAUUAAAUGGAUGAUGAAAACGUUAAUAAAAGUAAAUUAUCAUGUACCUACAGUAAAUUUAUUAUAAUUGUAAUAACUAUAGUUUUCUUCUUUUAUUCUUUUUAAAUAAAAAAAAACAAAAACUUUAAAUAAAAAUGAUGGAAACUUGUGAGAAAUAGCAUGAGAUCUUUUAUUUUUUUGCGCGAGAAGUAAAUUCAACAAAAAAACGUGGACAAAUGGGAGUUGAAAGGGUAAAAAAAAGAGUAAAUUUAAAAACAAUGGAAAUCUACAAAAAA